UUUGGGAGAAGAAGGUGGUUACUUUUAUAUGUAUCUAAGGCGGGGGAGGAAGGGGUUUGUGCCGUCUAAAGUUCAUUACUUAAUAAAGCUGAAGGUGCAUAAACCUUAAUUCAGCUCCAAGUUUAUGCAUUUAAUUUGGGAAUAUUAACAGUAAACCAGGAAAGGUGUGCUGGCUGGUUGGGGUGAGACCACUGGUUGUCAAGAUGGUUGCCACUAGUACCUUAAACAAUAAGAACUCUGUCUGUAUUUCUGAACUGAUACAGCAAAGGUUCCAGCAUGCAACUGACUUUGACUACUGGGAUUAUGUUGUGCCAGAACCCAACUUUAAUGAGACGGUGUUUGAGGAACAGACAUAUCAGAGUCUAGUUAGAAUGCUGGAGAGCUGCCUUUCGAGAUCGAAGCAGACCAAACUGCACUGCUCCAAGGUCCUAGUCCCUGAGAAACUCACCAGGAGGAUAGCACAGGACAUCUUGCGUCUCUCUUCUACUGAGCCCUGCGGCUUACGAGGCUGCGUGAUCCACGUCAACUUGGAAACUGGGAAUAUAUGUAAAAAGCUGGAUAAGAUUGUCUAUGACCCUACUGUUGUUCCUACUUUCGAACUGACGCUAGUGUUCAAGCAGGACAGCGGUUCCUGGCCUAGUUUCAGGGAUUUCUUCCAAAAAGCUUGCUUUACAGGUGGCAGCAAACGCACACUGAUCCUGAGUCCUGGAUUUCGGUUAAUUAAGAAAAAAUUGUACUCCCUGAUUGGGACUGUUGUUGAAGAAUGCUAGGAACAUUGCUGAAGAAUGCUAGGAACAUCUCUUUAAAAACACACACAACCUUUUAGAUAUUUGAGCCUACAGCCCUUGGGAAACAUCCAGCUUGAUACCUCAAUAUUUUUUAGAAUAUGGCUUGCCCUUUUAGCAGGGCAGCCAUAAAUCCCUAUGGGCUGGCAAAAAUCUCAGUGCAGCUAGGUGGUUACUCGGUGGAACAAGGAACACAGCUUACUGAUAUACUUGAAACAUUCCUUAAUUGGUUAGCAUUAGCUUGGCCAGCCUGUAAAGCCAGCUGGGCAUCUGCCUGUUGCUGACUGUUGACCUCAAUGCUAUCUGUAGCCUUUACCAUUGGUUUCGGGUGGCUUUAAAAAAAACAAAACUGACAAGGAAUGUAGAGAGCUUAAGGUGUCUACUGGCUUGCUAAGCUUCAAGAAGGCCUGGGGGAAGUGAACCCUAAGUUUAAACUGCUGACAGUGUUUUUGCUCUAAUAUGGGGAAACUGAUUAUUUUGCAAAUGCUGAAGUUAUGGGAAGAUGCUGGUAGCAGCUUUUGGGUAGCACCAAGAACAACAGGGAAGGGAGAAGCACAUCCUUGGAAGGAGAUGCUACUUAGUUGUGCAGGUUGAAAGCUAGCGUCACUUCUCUUUAUGCUGGUUGCUUUUCUAGGCAUGCUGAUCCGGUCAGACUUGACACUGUUUUCCUGUGAACUAGGUAAGAGUGUGACAUGCUGAUGAGGUGUCUUCCUAAGGCAGUGGUUUAGAGAAGACCAGCUCACCCAAAGUGUCUCGAAACUAUCCAGCAAUUGCACUACAGCUCAACUGCAUGUACCUUAACGACUGGAAACAUUGUGGUGGUUUGUGCUCUUUUUUGUAAAAUGUGCCUAAGUGUAAAUGUGGCUCUGCGUGCGAAAUGUUUGUUUACUUUGGGUUGGAUCCUCUUUGACCAGGUUUUCUUUCCAUGAAGAUUUUUCUCCUUUGGAAGAAGACUUAGAAAUCAUAGGAUCCAGCCUCUUAUAUUUAAUUUUGUUGCAGAAAUAUUGGUUAUUCUUGGAUGGGGAAACCCCAACUACCUCAAGUCCAGUGUUGAAAACAAAGGUGUUAUCCUACUGAAGGGUUUCCUUUUUCCUUGUUGCUUCCCCCUGCUGUCUGUUUAAGAAACAUUUUUUUAUAAUACUGUUUUUUUUCAUGGUGGUGGUUUUUAGUGUAAUCAGUGCUGAAAUAAUCUUAUGAAUACCACAGACCCACACCACAGACCCUCAGCCCUGUAGAUGGUUUGGAAAUAUUUUUGUGUCCCUGCAGUGGUGAGCUCACACAGUUUUCACCAAGGAUCUAAGUGUGUUUGUAACUUGGUUCUGUUUUCAAUGGCUGAUUUAAUUGGCUCUGUCCCAUUACCUCUAACCUCAGCUAAAAAACACUAAUGAAAAACUUCACAACCAAAGGGCAGAGGGACAGAGAGUGUUAGCUGAGUAUCUGACCUACUACGGGCUCUUCUCCCCUCUCCACCCAUCUAUCUGCACAUCGGAUAUGGCACCAGCGCAGCUGAGCUAACCUUUGUCAUCUAUGGAGAAAGGUCUUCGCGUGAGGCUCUUCAUGCCAAGCUUGUCCCCAUUUUCUUUCAUGUUCUCUCAGUUCUAGGCUACAGCAGGAAGGUUCCUUGAUAACACCCUCUGAACACCCUCUGAAAGAUUUCUUUUCAAGUGCACUAGGGGUGUGGAGUCCUGUUCUUCAGCUGGCCUCUCUUGCCUGGGCUUUGAUCCUCUGGUGAUUCCUGGCCUGUAAACAUUCACACUUUGGAAGGAGGAAGCUCUCCAAUUUCUAAAGCUAAUUUAAAAAGGUAGCUCGUGUCUAUUGCGUUGUGCUGAGAGAUCUUUUCUUGGUUCUGGAAUCCUUUAGAUCUUGCAUUCUGCUUGUAAGCCUUGCCUAGUCCAUCUUUAACCAUGAGCGAGUAGUGUGAUUGAGUGUGUGCAUGUUUUCCGUUUCCCAGAGGAGAAACCUGUUAACAAGUUGUGCUUCCUCUGUUUAGGGAAGUACUGUUGGGGGACCAGAUGCUAAAUGGAAUGGUGCAAAGAUGGGACUAAUAGAGAAGAGAUUUCAGUGGCAGGCAUGGCUUGUUUUAUGCAUUUGGGCUACUCAUGUUAUCCUGCCUUGUACAAAAAAAA